CUUAUAUUUAUCCUUCUUAUUUACAAACACGGCUGGUAAAUGCCAACCCUAAGUACCAUGCAAAGAUGCUGUCCAAGUAUGAAAUAUGUAUGCUAUAGUAAUGAUCCAUUGUUUCAAGAUGUUCAAUAUCCUCGGCUUGUAUGGCUUAGUGAAUACUCUAAUGAUGUACAAACUAGGGUUGAAUAUAAAUUAGGCAAUAAGAGUGCAGAUAUCCUGGAGGAGUUCAUCCAACCUCACGUUGCUACGAACCAUGUUCUCCAUGGUGCAGUGACAGGCCACCCUUAGCUCCAUCCAUAACCGCCCCUUUUGGGGCAAAUCUGGCCAUGUCCUUCCCACCGACUCACUCGGGUUCAAUGACACUGACCAAUUGGUUUAGAUCCAUGGAUUAUGG